UAGUGUUCCGCUCUCCAUACUAAAUAGGAAACUGGACGUGAUGUGGAAUUAGAGCCUACCCAGCUGAAGCCACCCAACACUUACUACAAAUAUAGCCGCGCCGCGUAGGCCACAAAAUGGCUCCACUCACUUUUCCCAAUGAAAAGCAAAUGGAUUUAGCAGUUUUAUCCCGAUGCGGGUGUCCUUCCUCUCUGUAAAGUCGUAAGUACCUUGAGGUGGGAGGAGUAAAUUCAGCCUGACACCGAGAGCGCUUUUGUUGAAACAGGAGAGACUUGCGGUGUCCCUACUUAAAUAUGACACAUGACGAUGGACAGGCCGCCCGCCCCGCCGCCCCCCAGUGACCCCCGCGAUGCCCGCCCCCCCCGGCGGCACGACUCGGAAGCGGAGCCCACGACCGAGCCCGACGGCAGCCGGGGGGGCAUGGAGGCGCCGCCGGAGCCCCAGCUGCUGCUCAAUGGGGCGGCCAAGGAGGCGGGCCGGCCCUCCCCCGGGCCCCCCGCCGCCGCCGCCGUGCCCGUCAUCGAGCUGGUGCGCCGGGGGGGCUCCCUGGACAUAAAAAGCCGGGAGGCGGCGGGGGAGGCGAUGCAGAGAGCGCCGGGCUCCGAGCCGUGCCGAGCCGCCGAAGCCGCCUGCGAAGCCCGCAUGGUGCAGCUGAGCCCCCCCGCGCUCCCGCUGCAGCCCCCCGGCAGGGCCAUGCUCUACAACCUGGGGCAGCCGCUGGGAGCCAUCGGCAGCGGGUUUUUCGGCGAGCCCGACUCCUUCUCCAUGUACGGCGGCAACCGGGUGAAGAGGAGGCCCUCGCCCUACGAGAUGGAGAUCAACGACGGUCCUCACACGAAAGUGGUUCGCCGCAUCUUUACCAACAGCCGGGAGAGGUGGAGGCAGCAGAACGUGAACGGAGCCUUCGCCGAGCUCCGCAAGCUCAUCCCCACUCACCCGCCCGACAAAAAGCUGAGCAAGAACGAGAUCCUGCGCCUGGCCAUGAAAUACAUCAACUUCCUGGCCAAGCUGCUCAACGACCAGGAGGAAGAAGGAAACCAAAGGGGCAAAGGGAACAAAGACUCGGGGAUCGUCCAGGAAGACCUCCUGCAGGAUAUGUUGUCUCCUAACUCCAGCUGUGGGAGCUCUUUAGAUGGCGCGGCGAGCCCGGACAGCUUCACGGAAGAGCACGAGGCGCUGGACUCGAAGCACACGCGGGGCCUGCACCACGCCAUCCUCCCCGUAGAAGGCAACGCGCAGCGGUGAUGACCCCCACGGCGCUCCCCGAGCGCGAAGGGGGAGGCGAGACCCGGGCGGGUGGGAUUUUGGGACGCUCUGCCCUGGGGCUCGGGCUCCCCGUCCUCCUGGCCCAGGACGGGGCGGGCGGCGCGUUGGCCGAGAGCAAGGCCCGACGGGACAGACGCUCGGCGUUUAGGUACGGGACCGUACGAAGAAGAAAAGCUUUGAAGUCGUCUUCGUUGUACAUAUCGCUCGCGGCGUGACUCUGAGGAGGGGAGGGCGACGCAGCCAGCGCCUCUCCGGCACUUCGAGGGUUUUUCAGACCGCUUGAUGGCCACUUAAGCAGUCACCCAGCUGGGCCAGGAGACACCGAACUCCUCUUUCUCUCCAGCCGAGGCCGUGGACGUGGCACUGGAGGCCGCAGGGAGCUGCGGGCAUUGCUGCCUUUCCCCAGGAGCGCGUGUGGCUUCUCAGAGCCAGGGCCAUGGGGGCCUCUUGUCCGAGAGCUUUUGACUGUACCUUUUUAAAGAGGUGAAAAUGCCCUCAGCAAAAGAACUAUUAAAAGGAUUGAGACUUUUUCUUUUUCUCCUCUUCUUCUUCUUUUUAUUUUUUUUUCUCUGCCUUUCCCUUCUGCCCAGCUCUGGAUUGUUUGGGGUGUUGUAUUUAUGACGUGGGAUUACUUCUGUUUAAUGCCGUCACACAGUGUCCACUGAACAAAAGGUACAAGGGUGUUCUCUGCUCGCCACCGCCCUCCGUGUCCCCGAUUCCUCUGCUGGUAACGCAGCAGGCGAGGUCCCGAGGUGGUCUCCUUGAGCUUCCCCGGCGCUUUCUGUAGGGCAGAGCUCCUCUCGAGGAAGAUGAAUGUCAGGAUUGGUAAGGAGAGAAAACGUCGCCUCCCAUUGAACCAGGGACUUUUUUGGAUUGAAAAAAGCCAAGGGAAUCAAUGAUGCACCAGCAGCGUGCGUGUACAUAGGGUUGUAAAAGGGUUUUGGUGGUAUGCUUUGAAUUUUUUUUGGUUUUGUUGUGUGAAAGUGAUGGUCGUGCGCCCGUGCCGGUGCCCACAGGCUGGGCGCAAGGAGGCAUUCGGAGGCCCUUGCCUGGGUGAGGCUGUUAGGAGGCCGCAGCCUUCCAAAUUUCCUUGCAUAGGGUGAGUGCUAACAGCACCGUUGGGGUUAGCCUCCAAACCAAUAGCUUAGGUGGUUGCAGAACUGAGGGUCGUGAUGGACCCGAUAUUCUGAUCCCUGCCCCGGGUGGGUGUUUGGGAAGCAGAGGCCAGGCACUGGUGCUGUGGGGUGCCCCCCUCUCAGCCCAAUCUCUCCCUGUGCUCCAAGGCCCAGAAAUUGCCACAUUACCAUAAAAAACACACAUCCUCCGUAAGGGAAAGAGCCCUCUGAGCAGGGAUGCUUUCCAUCACACUAAUUCCUCCUCAGAGGUGCUGAGGUACAAGGGAACACAGGAUUUGUGCGUGUGCCUGCCAGCAUGCUCACGGCGUAGCCUGGUUGUUUCUAUCCUCACUUGUUUUUAGGGUCUUUUUGUAAAUAAUAAGCAUCAGGCUGACUUUUCCCACCCUGGGGCAAGCGCGUUAAGUGGGAUGUGUUCCCCACCAAGGGCUCCAAGCUCAAACAGGGGUUUCCAGCAUAGCCCCAAAUCCUCAGAAAUUGGCAGCUUCCCACGUUGUAUAUUGGGGAAAAAGAGGAAAAUGCCCUCUGGGGUCCAGACCACUCGUGCCAGGGGGUGCUGGAGUGA